CCGUUGGUGGGACAUCGAGGGACAGGCGGCGUCGGUGGCGGCGAGUGACAGACGGUGAAGACCCGACACUGGGAAGCCCGAAUUCUCUGUUCGCAGUUACACAGUGUCAGUUUGCUUGGGGUACGUUUAAAUGUAAUCUGCUCAUCAUAAGAAAACUUUGGGUUUCUCAGUUUUGAAGCAAGUGCUUGCUUUGGAUAGAAGUUAACAGCAGUUAACAACUGCCAGCAAUUAAAUAUCCUGCAUGGGAAAAUUGGGCAAUUGGAUUGGAUACUGUGAAAACCAAGUGCAGCUUGAAGAUCAAAUUCUGCCCCCGCGUCUUCAACUCUCAAAUACUGAAACAAAAGGAUCAGUGAACUUCAGCUAUGUCUUGCGUGGAGAGUGGACAGUUUGUGGAUUGGGACAAAAUUACUGACCUGGAGAAAGAUAGUCCUGUGGUCCCAUCCCGCAUAGAUAGCAACUUGUUAAAACAGUAUGCCAGACAAGGAUAUUGGGCGAAGAGCCACUCUCUAAGAACAAAAAUCUAUGAACAAAUUAUCAAAGCUGUCUCAUGCAGGACAGUGACUCCUGAUGCUGAGGUGUACAAGGAUAUUGUUGGAAAGAUCACAGGAAAAAGAAACGCCUCAACUCUGCCACUGCCAGAAUUUGUGGAUGGUAGUGCAGUGCCGAACUAUUGUCUGAACACAGACGGAAUUGUUGCAGUUAGGAAGAUUGUGGUUUGUAUUUCCAACCAGUUUCCAGACAUCUCUUUCUGUCCUGUGCUGCCAGCCAUUGUAGCACUGUUGCUACAUUACAGUAACAAUGAAGCAGACUGCUUUGAGAAGGUGUGCCGGCUCUUGGCUUGUAAUGACCGUACGAAACAUUUCAUAGAUCAGACUUUCUUGGCCUAUGAGUCCUCUUGCAUGACCUUUGGAGACCUAGCCAACAAAUACUGCCAAGGUGCCCACAAGCUGAUAGUGAGUGCUUCAGAGGAUGUCCUGGAGGUUUACUCUGAUUGGCUGCGUUGGAUUUUUGGAGACCUGCCCUUUAACUACGCAGCCCGCGUGUUGGAUAUUUUCUUUGUCGAAGGAUUUAAGGUACUUUACAGGGUAGCACUGGCUCUCCUCAAGUUUUUCCGAAAAGUCAGAAUCAGACAGUCUGAAAAAUCUGCUGACAUUCGAACUGAUAUACAGAACUUCAUUCAAGGAAUUGCUGAGCACGUCCCAGUUGAAAAGCUGUUGGAUAAAGCGUUUUCUAUUCGCCUAUUCUCAAGGAAGGAGAUCCGUUUACUUCGAGAUGCCAAUGAAAAAGCACUGAAGCAAAAAGGCAUCACUGUAAAUCAGAAGAGACACAAUGUUCAUCUAGCAGUAAAUGUUGAAAAUUUCAAAUCUGAAAUUGUCAGUGCAAAGGAGAUGAGAGAAAUCUGGUCCUGGAUCCCAGAACGAUUUGCCCUUUGCCAGCCAAUGUUGAUUUUCAAUACCUCAGACGAUGGUUAUAGCCUGACUAGAUUUUAUGCUCGCUGUGAGGGCUAUGAACCAACUAUCAUUCUCAUCAAAACAACUGAGGCUGAGGUUUGUGGUGCUUACCUGUCAACAGAUUGGAGAGAACGGAGGCGAGGAGGAAACAAGCUAAGUUAUUUUGGCACAGGGGAAUGUUUUGUGUUUAAGCUACAACCUGAAAUGGAAAGAUAUGAAUGGGUUAUCAUUAAACAUCCAGAAAUGGAAGCUUCUAAAAGCCUUCUGGAUGCUUGCCCAGAGUCACCACUGCAGUCUGGUUUCUUGGACACACAAAUCCCCCAGGAGCAGAGUCAGCUUAAUUCAUCUGAGGAACCCUCAGACAGAUUAUCGCCCUUUCUCGCCACGCGUCAUUUCAAUUUGACAUCGAAAGCUACUUCAAUGUUCAUGACUGGAAGUGCAGAAUCCAUUAUAGUUGGUGGUGGCAGCUGCCCUGCAUUGUACAUCGAUGGAAACCUGAACCAUGGCACGACAGGACGCUCCAGUACGUUUGAUAAUCUUCCUCUGUGUUCAGAAACUUUCCAGAUUAGUGUACUGGAAGUUUGGAGCUUUCAAGACAUCAUGCCUAAUUGAGGACAUUAUUCUAUUGUGAAGAUUCUGUUCAAUUACCCUAUUCCUUUUGGUCAGGUUCUGGUGUUGUCCAAUGAACUAGAUUCCUUUUGAAGGUGAGAGUCCUUGUUUCUGUUAGUAGAGUAUUAUUUUACUACUUGAGAGUAGGAAAAUUAAACAACCCUUGGAGAGGAGGCAGUGACCAAAUCUUCUACAACUACAUCAUGUGUGUUUGUGACUUGAAUUCCAUUAAUCAUGUACCUAGCUAUAGUAAAUAUUUCAUUCAUGUAUAUCCCUCAGAAAGGAAGCUAUGUUGUCUUGUGAAGUAACUCGGUGUUUCUGCUAAACAUUGAAAACUAGUAUGUCGUUCUAAUACUUCUAAAUUAAAUGUUUUUAAUAUGUUUAUCAUGAUACAAUGGGAAAUUGGGUUUCCUUGUGACACUGCAAACCAUCAGAUCAUAACACUGAGCUCUGGUGAUUUGAUCUUGAGUUUGUCUCAAAGAAGUCUACAUUUUAGUGAAGAUAAACCCUAACUCUUCUACUUGGAGUAGCUGCUGUUUAGAGGGAAGUGACAAGUCAAAAGGGGAUUCGUCUGUACACAGUGUUAGAAGUGCUUGUUUUAAUCUAAUUGGCUUACCACUCUACAGACUACAUAGCUCCCAGCGACUCUUGAUUGUUUCACGUGUUAGUUCAGUAUAGAUUUAUGUUGCUCUUUUUAAGCAAAAUGAAAUUGAUAGAACAGACUGCAUGUUUUUUUAAAGCCUCACUCUCUCAAUUCAGGCAUUGACCUUUGAGGAGGCAAGUAGUUUGACAGAUCUUUACAUGGUUCAAACUGAACUCGUUCUCUUCUUUCAACAAUUAUACCCUUAGCCAGCGUGGUCAACUUCUAAAUUCCACGUAGAUACAGAGAUUCCAUGCUAAGGAACAGUCCUCUUAGUGUCAAUUUGGCCCAGAUUAGCUGUUUCCCUGGCUGGGAAUGAAACUAGUACUUCUGACCUGUGUGGUCAAGCUACUAACUCAGGGAACCUGGCAUUGCAUAUCUUUUAGUAAAAUUUUUAAAAUUCUGCAUGAAUAGUGGAAUUGCAGAAGUGUAUACAACAAUCAAGGAUUUAUUUUGCAGUAUUCUGUAUAUAAUUAUUUUUAAGUAUAAAAUAUAGUCCUCAGUAUUAAUACUAAAUUCUUAGAAGCAGCUGCUUCUUUGUUUACAUGCAGUAGCCCAGUGUCUCCUUGAUCCCAUAUCUCUAUUUUGAUUAUAAAAGAUCUGUGUUAGUUUGGAAACUUGCUCUACCUAACCCUGGUGGAGGGAAUUAUACUUUGCACCAUCAGGCGGGUAUGAAUUUUUAUUGCACUUGGGAUAGUAAAUGUCCAUGGCACAGAUGUUCUUUCAGUUUCUUAAAGGAGAUAUUCAGAGUUUUAAUGAUAUUUAAAAAUGCCAAUUCAGAGUGAAGUUUACAUAAAUAAGUUGCUUUUCCUGUUUUGCAUUUUAAGCAUUCCAACUCAUUCCCCACCCCUGCCAAUUCUAGAAAAAUGAAUUGAAACAUCAGCUAUAACAGAUUAGAAGUUAAAACAGCUGACUGUGUAUUUACUGUUUGAGGACACUGUGCUUGCAGGAAAUUCUCCACUAAGAGCCUGUUUACAAUUUACUGACUCCUGUAAAAUGUUGGAUAGAAAAAUGUUCUCCAUACAUAUUUGUGCUUUAAUAUUUUCAGUGCAAUUUUAGGGCCACAUUUGUCUCUUGUUAGUGAAUUAUUCACUUGCAGUGCCAAGAGGGGCUGGUCCUUGGAUUGUAGGCCUUGCAAAACUUCCCGAUAGUGCCAUCAAGACGACAGAAUGCUUAAACAAAAAAGUGGGUAUCCGGCUUCAGUGUUUUCAUGAACUUACUCACUCAAAACUGUAUGUGUAGAAAUAUGGUUAGAUUGAACCCAACACAAUUUACCAAAGUUCAAACAAUGAUUCAGUAAUUGAUAAUUUGAAUUGAUUGGAUGUAGUCAAAUGGUCAUGAAAAGCAAUCAGAGUAAUAAACGAUUGAGGUUUCAUUGUAGUCAAGCUUUAAUGUAUGAAGUAACUUGCAUCUGAUCCACUGGAGAGAAUGGCAGCUGACUGUAGUCAUUGCACUUGGCUAGAGAAUGUACAGACCCCAACACCCCUAUUAGUCUGUUAAAUCUUGGGGCCAGUUCUGCAGAAAUUGCACUUUCUAAGCAGUGUUUAGCCAGCAGUCUCCAGACUAAACACCUCUCAUCUCGCACUUUUUCUUUAUGUUUGAAUAAUGAGUUUCAUUUUUAGAUACAGAAUUUGAAGUUUAUGCAGUUUAGGUUACAUUUCAAAACUAACAUUUUUAGAGUGUGAAUUGGUGGUGUUUUGUGUUGCUCAGUUUCAAGUGGAACUAACUUAAUUUAAAUUGAACUAAGAUUUAAAUAAUUCCAAACUUUCUUGUUUAAGCUUCUAAAUCUUCAGAGCUAUGGUGCAAUGCGGUUGAUCCUUAUCUUAGGUAAGGGUUCAUUUCAUCUAAGUGUGCAAUAUAUUUGAUCUUUGAACCAUAUCUUCAGAAAUUUGAUGUAAGGAACUUUAAACCAUGCACCGUGCUGGGAUGUUUACUGUGUAAUGGUCCACUCAAACUGCUCAGUUGUCAGAAGAGUGCCAGGAAUAAGCACAGAGUAUGGUGUCUAGGGGAAAAUAGGAACAUUUGGUUCCACUUUCACUAUCAAGGCAUUCUGUUUCUGUAUAACUGUAAUGUGCAGUGCAACUUUGUCUGUGGUUCAAUCUGAUUGUAAUGCUAUUGUGAAAGUAAUCUCUAAGGUGCAUUGUAUUACAUAUAUACAUACUUAACAAAUUUAAAUUUAGUAUUAUAUGUGGAAUCAUGUACUCUCUUAAGUAAGAGACAAAAAGGCAUAGUUUUGUAUUAAGAAGUGCUGAAAUCUUUAGUUGGAAGUGUGUUGACCCCAUUCGUGGUCUGUUAGCUCCUGCUGCACAGUACUUGAGCCAUACUUUGGUAUGGUAACAAAACAAUGGCUGCUGCCCACAUUUCCCUUGGGCUCCUGGCCUGUAAUGUUCUAAGCUCCCUCUGCACUGUGACACGCCAGACUGGUUCAGCUGUAAAGAAGUGUGGCAGUAACAUCAACAGUGUCAACUGCUGAUGCAUGCGCCAUUCUAUAGCUAACCAUGCCAAUGCAGCGACCUAGAUUUACUGUGAAGGUGCAUCAUUGUCCAUCACAGUGGAUGAUGGAAGGAGUAUGAUGGCCAACUCUGGGUGGUCUACAGACCAAGUGCAGCUAGCUCAAUCUGUAGUGGCAUUAUCUGCUGUCCCAGCCAGCCACAGAAACUAAAGGAUCCAGCGGAAAAUGGGGUGUCUGUUUAUUUUGCAAGAUAUGUUUUACUCUUACGCUAUCAUAUUCAUAUACUUAUUCUGUAUGAUGAACUUUGAAGGUCGCAUAUCUAUUAAACCAAGCAUGCAUUUUUGUACUGUACCCUUUAACUUGAUGGUUGACUAUGUUCUGGGGUUCCUAAGUGUAAGAGCUGUGUACAAUGAUGGAGUAAAAUUCCUGCUGUUCUGUGGUAUGCAAAGCACUAUAGUGUCAUAGUUGAGUUUUUAUUUUCAGAUAUCAUUACAACAGUGUUGGAAUCAAUCUCGUGGCAGUGACCUGCAGCAGUCUUCAAAAUGUCAUUGUCUGUUUUACAAGCUGAAAUUAAAUACGUAU